AUGCCCCGCUUGUCCGCUGUCACUGCUGAAGCAUCACAUGAACCCCUCUGCCGGACCCGUGGACAACAAUCAAACACAACUUGCGCUCUUCGCUGCCUCUACUGCUGUCUCUCGGAGUUUUCUCCUUCAACCCCAUCCAUAUCUAUCUCCUUCACAGAGGACAUCGCACACGCACUCGAUAGAAACGUUGCACACUUCCAUCCACUCCAACGUGCAAAGGAGUUCCUGCGACGACUCUGCCCGGAACACCUUGCGGACCUCGCGCUGAGCUCCGAUCACGUUCUGCCGAUUAUGUCGCUUUUCACUGCACAACUGCACCCAGGGCGAGCUCUGGGAUUUCUCGUUCUUGGAGCGUCCUUGCAUGAUGUCUUGACACGACUGAAGGCCGAGCCGCAACGCUUUCCGCAACUCGACCUCGCCUACUCCCGCGAACAGCCCGUUGAGCAGCCCGUCACCCUGAGCCUCACCGCGAACGGCAUACGCCUACGGUUCGACGGCCCAGAGCAACGUCUGCGACUGAUAGAGAUUGUCGACUUCACAAAGAACCACGUUACGUUUAAGGACCGCGACCUUGUGAAGCCCGCCAACUCCCAGGGGCCACCAUCGUCGCCUGUCCCCGGAGAGUCCAGCUCCGGCCCAACCUUCCGACAAAUCUACCACAGGCUGCUCGGGCCAACGUACGGCGGAGAGUUUAUCCCGCCAACACCCGAUGCCCCCGACAACCUGGGUAACUACAUUCUUUCCUACCCCGGCGUUGCCUUUACCUUCCGACUGGCUGAAUCAGCAUACUCCCCCAACAAGGACGUCGUUUCGCUGCUGUCUUCAGCGGCGAGCCAAGUGCCCACAUCCAUGGCUGUUUUCAGCGGCGAUUCAUGGGCACAAGCGCGAGAGAACCUUUGGACUGAGAUUCUUCCCAGUGUCAAGACGGUACCUGUUCUUCCAAGGGGGAAGGACGUGGUUCCCGACGAGAUAUCGCUGGUCAAGGUCCACGGGGGUGGAAAGCUCCAACUCUUUCGCAAGUGGACCAACUCGUCCGUCUGGAUCAUCCUGGGAGAGACUAGCCCACAAGAGUUGAUUGCGGAGCUCGGCCCCCCCAACGCUACAUAUCGGAAGAACGACCAGAGGAUGACAAUACACAAGCUUCGGACGGCCAGCCAUAGCAGAGCUCGGUCAAACGGCGCUGAUCUACAUCGGCCAGACGACCUGACUGAUACCGACCAGUCGUCUGCGAACACCGGCUCAGACGAUUCCAACGACGAAGCAAUCGAGGAGGACAUUGCUGGAAACGUUUCGGGAGAAUGCUUCUACAACUACUUCUACUUGGGCUUUGAUGUAUUGGUGUCCACGCCUUCGCCACCGUCGAGACCACCGCCGGCGCAGCAUGAAUCCCAUGUACCGCCCAGCAGGCCCAUCAAGUCGGAGUCUCCUGACCGCCUGGUUGCUACGAAGCUGGUUCUUCAUGGAAACGUGCCUGGCUCGUACGAGUUCAACAGACACCGCCGCUGUCGUUGGGAGAUCAGCUAUCUUGAUGAUGGCCCUCCUGGCACGGCGGCAAACUCGGAGACAAAAUUCACCGAGAUUAAGGAUAGACUGAACGAACGGUGGAACAGCGCGUACCCUGAUGGCGACACCAAAGCGCCACAAAGAGGCAUGGUACUCAACCGGGGCUGGGGGGACAGUCCUGGCAGCAGCUGCGAGUUCCUCGGGGGCUGGGAAGACAGCGGCGCCAAGAGGCUUGAUGGCAGCGAUGAUUCAACCACCACUCUGUUUGGGUUCCCCGGUCUCGUGUUUGAGGUACUCAAGAACGAUCAUGUCAACACGGUGACUGUGUUUUAG